UAUAUAGAUCCCAUAUUCCACAAAACAACCUGUGAGUGUAAAUACAACUAUAAUUUUCAUCCCAAACACACACACCCAAUAAAAAAAAAAAAAAUGGGUGAUAAUACAACUCAUCAUCAUCAGCAGCAUGAAGUUGAUGCAGUUAGCUCAGCUCCGAUAACCCCACGGGCAGCAUCAGUGGCUCCGACACCUCCGGGUGCCCGAACUCCGGCCAUAGUCUCCCUUCCUCCGUCACAGUUCCACUCACCUUCACUUACACGGUCGCCGCUCCUCACACCUGGCGGCACAAAAAGAAAAACCCCUUUUAUUAGGACUCCACGUUUCAUAACUCCAUUGGGCAGCCCUUUGAGAAAAGCCAUCAAACUCACCAGACUCGAUCCUCAAGACGCGUGGCUUCCAAUCACCGAGUCGAGAAAUGGAAACGCUUUUUAUGCAGCUUAUCACACUUUGUGCUCUGGUAUUGGUAUUCAAGCCCUCAUUCUCCCCGUUGCUUUCACCAUUCUUGGCUGGACAUGGGGUCUUAUAGGGUUGAGUUUGGCCUUCAUAUGGCAACUAUACACACUGUAUCUACUUGUGCAGCUCCACGAGUCUCCUGAAAACGGUAUUCGUUACAGCAGAUACAUGCAGUUAGCUAGUGCCACUUUUGGAGAAAGACUGUCGAAAUUCCUGGCUGCUUUUCCGAUCAUGUACCUCUCAGGGGGUACGUGUGUGGCUCUGAUCGUGAUCGGAGGGUCGACGUCGAAGAUGUUCUUCCAGACAGUUUGUGGGGCCCCAUGCACUUCCAAGCCGUUGACCAACGUGGAGUGGUACUUGGUUUUCACUUGCGCGGCGGUGCUGCUGUCUCAGCUGCCAAACUUGAACUCCAUCGCCGGAGUUUCUCUCGUAGGAGCUCUCACCGCCGUUGGGUACUGUACAGCGAUAUGGGCGGUGUCGGUGUCGGAGGGAAGGCUGCCGAAUGUUUCUUACAACCCAGUUAGAAAAGGCACGGAAAUUGCGAGGAUUUUUGAUGUACUGAAUGCACUUGGGAUCAUUGCUUUUGCUUUCAGAGGACAUAAUCUCAUUCUUGAAAUCCAGGCAACGAUGCCUUCAAGUGAAAAAAAUCCAUCGAGUGUGCCGAUGUGGAGAGGAGUGAAAGCCGCAUAUUUGGUCGUAGCAAUGUGCUUAUUCCCACUAGCUAUUGGCGGCUAUUGGGCUUACGGCCACGUGAUUCCAGCUAAUGGUGGCAUGUUAACCGCCUUGUAUGCCUUCCACAGCCGAGACGUAUCCCGGUCGGUGCUAGGAAUGAUAAGCAUCUUCGUCAUAAUAAAUGCGGUAAGCUCGUUCCAAUUAUACGGUAUGCCAAUGUACGACAUGAUGGAGUCUCACUACACUCGUAAGUUCAAGAAACCAUGCCCGUGGUGGCUUCGGGCCGUCAUCCGGGCCAUGUUCGGGUUCGGAUGCUUCUUUGUGGCAGUGGCGAUUCCAUUCUUGGGGAGUGUAGCGGGCUUAAUUGGAGGUAUUUCUUUGCCGGUGACGUUGGCAUACCCGUGUUUCAUGUGGCUUAAAAUGAAGAAGCCCAAGAUUUAUAGCCCAAUGUGGUGGCUCAAUUGGGGAUUGGGUCUGAUGGGUAUGGGCCUCAGUGGAAUUUUGAUUGCUGCCGGUCUCUAUGUUGUCAUAGACACUGGCAUUCAAGUUAGCUUCUUUAAGCCUCACUAAUUUCAAUUUUACUACCUUAGACAAUUUAUUAGGAAUGAAGUGUAAACUUUAUAGCUUUUUGUGGUUUUGGAUUUGGGGUGAGAGAGGUGUUUAAAUUUAAUUUCUUUCUUAUUAUUAUUUUGCGAUUGGAUUUGAUUGUAUUUGUAAAAUGUAUGCAGUAAGAAGUUGAAAUAAUUAAAGAAUUGUGAGAAUUUUGUCCUA